GGAAAAAGAUUGAGAGUGGCGAAAGCGAAAGAAGAAGAGAAAAGUAAAAACGUGGCGCUCCAGAAAGUGGAAGAAAAAUCUGAAGAAAAUUUGUCUGUUUUGGUCAUGAUCUCUGCCCCUGGAGGAGUCCUCCCCUCCAAUCGACAAACCCAAUCCAUUACUUUACAUUCGGAUUGCGAAGUCUAUCCUCCGUACUGAGCAAAGUAUUCCGUCUGAAAAUUCUUUAAUAAUUUGGUGCCAUGUCUGCAAGUGUACACCUCUCUGUUACCUGUUCUUCAGCUUUGAGCAGCCUCCUUGGUGGUCGUUCAAGAGCCGCCCUUGCUUCACUACGUCGAAACAGCUUCAAAUUGAAGCCUUACGGAGAAAAGCUGUCUUUUUUGGAAGUGGGAAGAGUUCAAAAUGGGAUCUUGGUGAAGGAGGAGAAAUUGAAGAGGAACGGGAGAGCGGUUGUCGUGAGGUUUAACCAAGGUUUCGGCUUUAAUGGCGGCGGAGGCGGCGGAGGCGGCGGAGGGAGAGAUGACGGAGCCACCGCGAGGGUUGUGGGUAAUCUUGUUCUGGCCAUUGGCUUGACUUAUCUCUCCAUGACUGGACAACUUGGUUGGGUCUUGGAUGCGAUCGUUUCCAUCUGGCUCCUUGUUGUGCUGAUACCAAUUGUCGGUUUGGGGGCAUUUCUGUGGUGGGCGGGACGAGAUAUAGUACAAAGCAGUUGUCCAAACUGUGGGAACGAUUUUCAGAUUUUCAAAUCUACUUUGAAUGAUGAACUGCAAUUAUGCCCCUUUUGCAGUCAACCUUUCUCGGUUGUGGACAACAAGUUUGUUCGGGAAUCAGUGACAUUUUCUAACCAGUUCACAUCAAAAGGAGAAGCAGCCAAUAAGUUCUCUCCUCGACCCAAGAAAGGAAAGAAUACUUCUACAGCAGUUGUAGAUGUUGAAGCGGAAGUGAAGGAUGCUGAUUGAGGUCUCUGGCGCCAAUUUUCCACCAUAUGCAGGUAUACUUUUGAACAUAUCAAAAUUCAAGAUCCCCACCGCGAGCGAGGAUUGCCCAAGGUGGAGAGAAGUAGAAUUGGACUCGACGAAAUAACUGUUAUCUUUCACCUCCAUUGAUAAGUGUAUAUAAGUCUCUAUCUCGAGCCUAGAUCGAAUGUAAAUCUUCAUUAGCAUCUUUUGUUUUACCCGGAACUCCUGAGCUUGUAGAGCACCAGCAUAUGAAGAAAAUCGGGCUCGAGAAUCCUAUGGAGAAAGAGAGAAUUAGUGAAAAUCUAUUACGUUUCAGCACUCGGAGAGAAUUUAGCACUGCGAAUAUGGGGGGACCUUGAACUGUAGGAAUCAACAGCCAAACAGGAUCCCUUCUUUCAAGGUUCAAGACACUAAUGUUGUCUCUAAUUUGAUUACGUAUGAACUCCGAAGUCAUGCGGUCGAAUAAUUGAUCGUGACACCCAUAAUAAGAUUGUUUGAGUGCUCGUACUAAA